UAUGGAAAUUGCUCCAGACUUCUUUGAUUACUUUGAGGCUGCAGCUAGUCUCAUGGAUAGGGAUAAAACCAUUAUGGCUGCUUCAUCAUGGAAUGAUAAUGGGCAGAAGCAAUUUGUGCAUGAUCCCUAUGCACUUUACCGAUCAGAUUUUUUUCCUGGCCUUGGGUGGAUGCUGAAGAGAUCGACUUGGGAUGAGUUAUCACCUAAGUGGCCAAAGGCUUACUGGGAUGAUUGGCUGAGACUGAAGGAAAACCAUAAAGGCCGCCAAUUCAUUCGACCAGAAGUCUGCAGAACAUACAACUUUGGUGAACAUGGGUCUAGUUUGGGACAGUUUUUCAGUCAGUAUCUGCAACCUAUAAAGCUAAAUGAUGUGAAGGUUGACUGGAAAGCGAAGGACCUGGGAUACCUAACAGAGGGAAACUAUACCAAGUACUUUUCUGGCUUGGUGAGACAAGCACGACCAGUUCAAGGUUCUGACCUUGUCUUAAAGGCUCAAAACAUAGAGGCUGAUAUUCGUAUCCGGUAUAGAGACCAACCAGAGUUUGAACGCAUUGCAGGGGAGUUUGGUAUAUUUGAAGAAUGGAAGGAUGGUGUGCCUCGAACAGCAUAUAAAGGAGUAGUGGUGUUUCGAAUCCAGACUACAAGACGGGUAUUCCUGGUUGGCCCAGAUUCUGUAAAGCAGCUUGGAAUUCGAGACUCCUGAUGCAAAACAUGUACUUCUCCAACCAGCAUCAUUUACAUCCUCACCGUUGCUUACAGUUCUCUGCUAACCAGGUCUCAAACGCAGAUGAAAGCAAAAGAAAAUAUUCGACCGCAGGCAACCUCCUUCUAGCAGCGUUUGCACUUUUGGUUGUAUUAUCUAUGGAUGAGUUUGUAGAGAGGGGGGGUAAGUUUAAUAGCUAAGAAGCUCCGGUGGUCUGUCUCACUGGUUUAGAAGUUAUGGGAACCUCUUUAAAGGGUCAGGCUUAAAUACAUUUUCAGUAGUUUUAUAACUGAUUGUCUUGUGGGUAUCUUACACGAAUGCAUAUCAUUGUAUCAAGUUUUUCGUC